GUAUUAUUCGCUAGCCCGCUUCAAUGCCGCAACAUCAACGACUGUGCACCAAACCCAUGUCUCAAUGGAGCAACUUGUUUAGAUGGGAUUCAAGACUACACUUGCCAAUGUACAAUAGAGUUUAAUAAAGGUAAGAACUGCUCAAUUCCCAAUUACUGUAUACCAAACCAGUGCUUGAAUAACGGACAGUGUAACGAUGGGAUGAAUGGCUUCAACUGCUCAUGCGCUCCAGGAUACACUGGGAAUUUAUGUGGAUUAGAAAUUGAUGAAUGCGACAGCGGGCCGUGCCUGAACAAUGCAUUCUGUGUUGACCAAAUCGCAGGCUACAUUUGUCAGUGUCGUCCAGGUUUUACUGGCUCUGAUUGUGAAAUAGACAUAGAUGAGUGUGCCUCCUUCCCGUGUCUAAAUGGAGCAACCUGCACUGACUUUGUGAAUGGCUAUACUUGUUCAUGCGCCCCAGGAUGGACAGGUACUUCUUGUGCAACGAACAUUGAUGAAUGCCAAAGUAACCCAUGUCGUAAUGGCGCAAUCUGCAUCGACCAGGUUAAUGCUUACUUCUGCCAGUGUAUGCCUGGCUGGGAGGGUGUCAUUUGUAGUCAGGAUGUGAACGAGUGCCUCUCUGUGCCUUGCCUUAAUGGUGCAACCUGCUCGCACGCAAUAAACUUUUACUCAUGUUCGUGCGCCCCAGGAUGGAGUGGUAAUAACUGUGAGCAAGAUAUUAACGAGUGUCUAUCGGUACCUUGUCAAAAUGGGGCGUUGUGUAUUGAUGGAAUUAAUUCAUAUACUUGCCAAUGUUCUGAAGGGUACGAGGGCCGAGUCUGUGAUAUAAACAUUAAUGAAUGCGCAUCAUUUCCUUGCUUGAAUGCUGGAACAUGCAUUGAUCGCAUCAAUGGUUAUUUAUGCCAGUGCCCAUCUGCAUGGAAAGGACUUCUUUGCGAAACUGAGGUGGACGAGUGCGAAUCAUCUCCUUGUCGGAAUUCAGGGACUUGCAAUGAUUUCAUUGGUUACUACACAUGCACCUGUUUGUCUGGCUUUGUUGGAACAAUCUGCGAGAUUGAUGUUGAUGAGUGCUUUAGUGCGCCAUGUUUAAACGGGGCCGUAUGCAAUGAUUUUGUCAACGCAUAUGUCUGCACGUGUGCAUCUGGAUUUCAGGGUAACAUCUGUGAGAUUGACAUCAAUGAAUGUGCAUCGUUUCCUUGCUUAAACGCUGGUACCUGUCUAGAUAUCGUUAAUGGUUACCAAUGCGCUUGUUCUUCUGGCUGGACUGGCGCAAGAUGCCAGGAAGAAAUAGAUGAAUGUGAUUCAAAUCCGUGUCAGAAUGCCGGAACAUGUGUUGAUCGUGUUGACGGCUUUUUCUGCAGCUGUGCAGCUGGAUUUGAAGGUUACCGGUGUGAUGUUGAUAUCGACGAAUGUGUUACUAAUCUGUGUCAGAAUGGUGCAACAUGCAUUGAUGGGAUUAACUCAUACUCCUGUCAGUGUCCACCGGGAUGGGAAGGUGACUUCUGCCAGCAGGACCUCAACGAAUGUCUUUCAGAUCCAUGCGAGAACGGCGGUACGUGUUUCAACCGUGAGAAUGGCUUUGUGUGCCAGUGCACUUCAAACUUCCAAGGUACAACCUGUGUUGAGGAUGUAAACGAGUGUCUCACUGCAUUCCCAUGUAAUCCCACUCGAACAUCCUGGUGUAAUAACACAUACGGUGAUUUCUCUUGCGUGUGUAAUUCUGGCUUUUCCGGAAAGAUAUGCGAUGUAGAUGUAAAUGAGUGUGAUAGCAGCCCAUGCUUCUUUGAUGGAACAUGCAUCGACCUUGAGAAUGGCUACCGUUGUGAAUGCGGUGAGGAGUUUCUAGGAGAACGUUGUGAGGCUGUCUUGCGUAAUUGCAACUUUAAUCCUUGCGGACAAAAUUCUGUGUGUGUAGAACAUCCAACAGGUGGACACACAUGUUACUGCAUACCAGGCUACUAUGGAGAUGUGUGUCAACUACAGGCCAAUGAAUGUGGCUCUACACCUUGUCGUAAUGGAGGCACCUGUAUUGAUUUUGUCAAUGGCUAUAAUUGCACAUGCCAACCUGGUUUCGAAGGGACUAACUGUGAAAUCGACAUCAGCGAAUGUUCAAGCAAUCCGUGUGCGAAUGCUGGCAUUUGCCGGGAGACUCAACUCAAUAUGUAUGAGUGUUUAUGCCUGCAAGGGUUUGAGGGAACAGACUGCGAGAUUGACAUCAACGAGUGUGAGGUGUUCCAGCCCUGUCAGUCAUAUCAAGUCUGCAUCGAUCUCAUCAAUAAUGCUAUGUGUGAAUGUCCUGCUGGGCUUACUGGCUCCGUUUGUGAUGAGUACAUUGAUAGUUGUCAUAGCAACCCCUGUCUGAAUGGCGCAACCUGUCUUGAUGGUAAUUCUCGCUAUGAUUGUAUUUGUUCCCGAGGAUACACCGGAACCAACUGCGAAAUGGAUAUUGACAUCUGCGACCCAAAUCCUUGUUUUCAUCGAGGUACCUGUGCACCUUUUCCAUCCUCUGAGUACAACCUGGAUUUCACCUGUCUAUGUGCUGAUGGAUUCAUAGGUGCACAAUGUCAGGGUGACAUUUAUGAAUGUCGCUCUAAUCCAUGUCAGAAUGGAGGUACAUGUGUAGAACUGACUGACGGUCAGCAAGGCUUCUCUUGCGUGUGUUUCAGCGAUUUCAUCGGUGACCUGUGUGAGGUUGAUAGAUUUGGCUGCAUUUCAAACCCAUGUAUUAAUGGUGGUGUUUGUCAAGAUACAGAAACAGGUUACGAAUGCCAGUGUCCGAGUGGAUGGACGGGAGUUAACUGUGAGCUUGAUAUCAACGAAUGUCGAAGUAUCGCACCAUGUUCGAAUGGCGGCCAAUGCGUCAACUACUAUGGCACGUAUGAGUGCGCAUGUGACACACAUUGGACCGGUCAGCACUGCGAGACAGAUGUUCUUGAGUGUAACGUUCUGCCGCCAGUUUGCUUGAAUGGUGGACAGUGCAUCGAGCAGGUCGGUCUUGAUCCAGUCUGCGUAUGCGCAGAGGGUUUCACGGGACAAUUUUGCCAGGAGAACAUCGACGAGUGUGCAUCAAGCCCCUGUAGAAACGGAGCGACAUGUAAUGAUGCGAUUGCUGGUUACAUCUGUCAGUGUAUUCCUGGGUUCGAAGGUGAAACAUGCUUGGUCAAUACAGAUGAGUGUGCAUCGAAUCCUUGCACCAACGGAGCAACUUGCGCUGAUCAGCUUAAUGGAUAUUUCUGUGCCUGUCCCCCUGGUUACAAUGGCACGCAAUGUGAGGAUGACGUCAAUGACUGUUCGCCAAAUUUCUGUUCCAACGGUGCCACUUGCAUUGACCUUCUCAACACGUUUACUUGCUUGUGCAUGCCAGGUUGGGAAGGUCAGUAUUGUACGAUUGAAAUUGAUGAGUGCCAAUCAAAUCCAUGUCAGAAUGGUGCCACUUGUGUAGAUGAGGUCUAUGGCUACAACUGUCAGUGCAGAAUAGGAUACACAGGUCCAAAUUGUCAGCUUGAUGUGGAUGAAUGCGCUACUAAUCCUUGUCUAUUUGGAAUAUGUACUGAUUUCAUUGGUUUCUACACGUGUCAGUGCUUUGCUGGCUACCAAGGUUUCAACUGCACAGAUGAUAUUAAUGAAUGUGUAUCAUCCCCAUGCAAUAAUGGAGCAGUCUGCACAGAGUCGGUCGUCAAUAUGUACCAGUGUAUCUGCCCAGAAGGUGUUGUCGGUACCAACUGUGACAUAAUACAGACCGUUAGCCUAGACGGCAGCAACUACAUAACCCUUAACCCUCUGCCAAGGUUCAGCUCGUCGAACAGAAGGCGUAAGAGGGCAAUAGAUCAGAUCUCUAUUAGUUUUGAGAUGGUGACAGCAGAAUCCAAUGGAGUCCUUCUGUACACUCAGGGAAUCCAGUCUGAAGACAGAAUUGACCAUCUUGCCUUGGAGAUAUUCGAUGGAGAACUCCACUUAACAUAUAGUGACGGACACGAGACUGUUUCAGUCCUGCUCGGUGGCCAGCUGAAUGAUGCACAGGUGCACACCAUCGGUCUUUACAUAUCCAACCUUCAGGCUGUGGUGACGAUCGAUAAUGGUGGCUGUCCAUUUGGGCUGUGUACAGCUUCUGUUAUGCCGUCGUUACAACAGGGCUCCCUAGAGCUGAAUGGUCCACUGUAUAUUGGUGGCGUUGGGCCUGAUGUCACACCCUACAUACGAUCCAAGCUGUACUCUGUUAGCAGUUUCAGAGGUUGCUUUCAGGACCUCAACAUUGAUAACUUGCCAGUUAGUCUCGACUCCACAACUCCACCAUCAUUCUCUCAAAAUGCGCCCUCUACUGGCUGUUCUCUUACUGACACCUGCACCAGUAACCCAUGUCUCAAUGGAGGGCAGUGCAUCAACACAUGGCAGGGAUACAUCUGCGAGUGCGCUGUUGGGUUCAAAGGUACAACUUGUGAGGUGCAGACGACAGCCAGCUUCAGUUCAAAUUCUUUCUUGUACUUUGGUGGUACUGAUACAGUUACAGAAGUCACAUUCUUAUUCUCAUCAGCCAAUCAGGAUCCUGGAAUACUUCUUUACACAGUGUCUGGUGUUACAGCCCUGCUGACUAAAGAGGGGGCCCUUCAAGUUCAGUUACUAGAGUUGGGUGGUGUCAACUCAGUUACAUUGGGUCAAGAUCUAAACAAUGGUGAUUGGUACAGCGUUCAGCUAGCGUUACAAGUUUUUGUGUUGGAAAUCACAGUUACCAACAUUCAUACAAGUGCUCGUUACACCAAUCAGAUUAUUUCUGCACCUUUGAUAACCAUCAACAAACCAAUUUUCUUUGGGACUUUGCACACUGACCCAUCAUUGGGACCGGUUAGGAACAGCUUAGACAUCUACAACAGUUUCACUGGCUGCAUCCGUGAUUUGUACAUCAACUACGAGGAGAUUUCACUACAGAGCGCCACUCGGUUCACCAUCUCUGAUCCAUUUGUGGCCGUGGCCGGCUGUCCGAGAGAAGCAGUGUGUGUCCCAAAUCCAUGUGCAAAUGGUGGUGUAUGUGAUACAAGUUGGGGUGGCUUCUCAUGCCAGUGUCACUCCCAAUAUACCGGUAGUACUUGUGAAGAAGUCCUGGCAUUGACAUUUGAUGGAGGUCGUAGUUCAUUGCAGCUGGUUAUCGAUAGUGAACAGUUUGCUUUCGGUGAUAGAUAUGCAAUAGAAUACCGUACCCGUGAUUCCUCAGCCAUCAUAAUGCGCAUCAAUCUGUUCUCAAGCCGUGGUGGGCAAAACGACUACAUGCAGUUGGUAAUCACUAGCGACAGAGAAUUACGGUUUGAAACCAUGUUCAGUGGAGUUGAGAGCAGCUUACCUAUUACGACAAACGUAACGGAUGCGGAGUGGCAGCAGGUGUCGUGGCAGCGUGACCGCAGUAUCAUCCGUGUAACUCAUAAUGGGAAUCGUUACACACUGUUAGGGGAUUUUCCAAUGCAUACCUCAGCCCACAGCGCUGUGUCCCAAGUACUCAUAGGUGGUCUCGCAGGAGGUGAUUUGUCAACAAGCUUCCAGGGUUGCUUACGAGAUGUUGAAAUAAACCAGCAGCAGAUCCUCUACCUGGGAAGUGAUGAGCAACCAGGUGUCACAGUGACAUCCUCCAAUGUUGAGCCUGGCUGCACACCUAUAGAUUCCUGCCAGCCAGACCCAUGUUCCCAGAAUGCCAUGUGCGUUGACAUUUGGAACGCAUUCACCUGUGACUGCCUUGAUGGAUGGGAGGGUGUUGAUUGCAUUAGCAGUGUCGACGAUUGCAUUGAAAAUUUUUGUGAGAAUGGAGCAACGUGCAUGGAUGCUCACAUGAAUUACACGUGUCUGUGUUCGUCUGGCUUCACUGGAUCACUUUGCGAAACUGAAAUCAACGGAUGCGAUGGAAAUCCUUGCAACGUCAAUAGCUCGGCAUCUUGUAUUCCAGUGUUUCCUGCCGAUUUCACCUGUGAUUGUCUGCCAGGAUAUGAUGGCAAGAUCUGCGAUGUAGAUAACACACUUUGUUCACAGGGGCCAUGUCAAAACGGUGGAACAUGCGAGCAGCCGACCGAUAACUCAUUCUACGUUUGCACAUGUCCGGAUUAUUAUGAGGGAAAGAACUGUACGACCUAUAACCCAUGUUUUGUGAAUGACUGCCGGAAUGGUGCAACGUGUAUGCCCAACAGUCGCACAUACUACUGUUUAUGCCCUGAUAUUUAUCAUGGGUCAUUAUGCGAGCAUCUUGAUGCCUGCUAUGACAAUCCCUGCCAACAUGAUGGAACGUGCACGCAAGUGGGCAGUGACUACACGUGUACAUGUACUGUUCACUGGCAAGGGAAAAACUGUGAUGAUGCUAUUAAUAAGUGUAUAAACAACAUUUGCCUAAAUGGCGGGACAUGUUUUCAUGACCUCAGUAUGCCUGAAGAUAAUUUUGUUUGCGAAUGUGUUACCGGAUACUCUGGAAAUUUAUGUGAAGUUGAUAUUGAAGAAUGUUCUUCAAGUCCAUGCCAGAACAAUGCCACUUGUAUUGACAGUGCCACUGAAGGAGAACCGUUCUUCGCUGGUUAUAGAUGUCAGUGUGUUCCGGGAUAUGAUGGCAUCAACUGCAAUACUGACAUUGAUGAAUGCGCAGGCAGUAUGUGUGAAAAUGGAGGGACGUGCCAAGAUGACAUUGCUAGUUACCAGUGCAUUUGCAAGCAGUACUACAGCGGAAUAAACUGUGAAAUUGAUCUGCGUACUUGUAGUUUGAAUCUAUGUCAAAAUAAUGCUGUCUGUCUAAAUCAGCAGAAUGGUUUCACCUGCAUCUGUCCUGUUGGAUAUGGUGGUGAGUUUUGCCAAUCGGAGAUCAACACCUGUGCCACUUCACCUUGUGAAAAUGGUGGUACUUGCCGCUAUGUAGGCCCUUGUGUCUGUGCUACCCUUCCUGAAGCGGCGGUUGCAUGUGGUGAUGAUGAAGUCUGCCAACGAACUGCUUGUAGCACUGAUUCCACCUGUGGAUUGAGGCAGCAGACUUAUGAAUGUGUUUGUCCUGAUGGCUAUGAAGGCAUCAACUGUCAGCUGGACAUCAAUGAGUGUUUGCUUCCGGAUCCUGUAUGUCUGAACGGUGCCAUCUGUACCAACUCUGAUGGUGGAUUCGCCUGCGAUUGCACAGGUACUGGAUUCACUGGAAUUUUAUGCUCUCAAAAUAUCAACGAAUGCCUCUCCCAACCAUGUCAGAAUGGUGGAGAUUGCAUUGACAAUGUUCCAUUGAACGAUACACCAUUCUUCCGAUGUCGCUGCGCAUUAGGAUACAUUGGCAUCCUUUGCGAGAAUGAAGAUAAUGAGUGUGUAAGUGAUCCUUGUGAACAUAACGGAACAUGUCGAGACCUUGUAGGCUCGUAUCAAUGCAACUGUAGUAAUACAGGUUUUUCAGGAGUGAAUUGUCAGGAGGAUGUUGAUGAAUGUUUUCUACAAAUGGACUCUUGUGAGAACUUGUCACAGUGUCGGAAUCGUGCUGGCAGUUAUACAUGUGAAUGUAGUGAAGAUUUUGAAGGAACCUUGUGCCAGGUAGCCAUUACUCGAACCUCCACUGCAGCCAUCAUUGUUCCUAUUUUCAUCAUCCUUAUCCUCAUCAUCGUAGCUAUCCUCUUGGUUUACCGACACAUGAAAAACUCACGCAAGAUGAAAGGCAAGUACAAUCCAUCAAAGGCAGAGCAAGAGGCAGGAGGAAUAUCUUUGGCAGCUUUUGACAUGGACAGCGAUGAACGACUUAUCUGAAUGUUUGGUUUUUUUAAGGUGGAAUUCUCAAGAAUUUGCAAAUCAUUCCGAUACAGACAUUCCAGUGCAUUACCAUGUGUUGGUAUGAUGUAUGAAGAUUGGGCUUGAAAAAAAGAUAGUGUAACAAUAAAUAUUGUUAUUUAUGUUAAUGUCAAACUCUGUCAGAUGUUUGUCAGACUCAAGUUGAACAUUGUGCAACUGCCAUCAGACAUUGUAAGACACAUUAUGUUUGAUCUGAAACAAACAUAGACUACAAUUUUGUUUGUCUCUUGGGAUAUCUGGCCGACAAAAAUAUAAUAGCAUUAUCAGGCAUCUGAUAAAAGUCGUCUGACAAACAAAAAUCUGAAUGUGUAUUUCAGAAUUUAAAAGAAAUAUUUCAAAUAUUUUUGAUAUAUACAAACCAUUGAUCUGGUGAUAUUUGCUUAGUUUGUUUUUGGUUGUAGGGGGAGAAGGAAGAGUUAUCUCCCUUAGAUUACUGGAUGUGCAAUGCGUCUUUGAAGUUUGUAUGUUUCCAAUUCCAGGAUUUUUAUAAAUACAAUUAAUUGAUUUAUACUAUAUGACUUAAUAGAAUUUUAACAGAGAUUUGUAUAUAACAAUAUUUGUAAAUAAGAUUUUUUUUUUGUAUAACUAUAGAAAAUAAUAGUUGUGUAGCCAUGAACAAAUCAAUGCAGAAUACAUUUGUUAUUAUUCUGAGAUUAAAAUAAUGCCUAUGGUACAGAGGGCUUUCUACUUCAUUCUUUGCAAAUUGAAUAUUUUAAAGAUGGCUUUAUUUGAUUUUUCAAAGAUGGAUUUGUAUAUUUAAUUCAAAAUACCUUGAUUUUAAACCAAAUAAUAUUCAUUUUAGUACGGCAGUUUGAUGUAUUUGUAUUUAUGUUAAUAUUGCCGUCCAAAUUGUGAUUGUAUUAUUAAUAUUUACCGAAUGUAAGUAUUCUACGGGGCGCUAUAGAGUAUGAUAAUCUAAACAUUUCUUGAUAUUUUUCGUGUGUUGGUUCGUGCAUGGUAAUAGUAAUAUCUCCUUAGUGCGUUUGACGUCACUCCAGUUGUAAGUACUACACUUUAAUUUUAUACACAUCUUCUUGAUGGAUGAGACAGCCUUCUACAAAGUGGUUUGGGUUCAAGAGCUAAGCUGUCAUCAAUUCUCAAUAAUAUAAAAAAAAAAUAUUUUUAGAAUUUUUUUUUACCUAAAUCCAGGACAAGCAAUAAAUUUCACAUUCUAAAUGUAAACGUUUUAAAAUGCUUGUACGGGCUGACCAGAUUUAAUGGAAUUUUGAGGGAUAGUGUUGCUGCGGCAACAUUCUAUAUGCCGUAUAGAUUUUUAAAUAUUUUUUUAAUUAUUUACGUUUCACCUCUUGUUCAUGUUUAUGCUCAAAAUACUGUAUAUGAAAUUGGCGCAUUAUAAAUUCUUGAGUAUUAUUAUUAUUAUUGGUAUUAUUAAUGUUUAUAAUAUUAUUAUUUUUGCUGUUAUUAUAUUAUUUUUAGAUUAUUAUUUGUACUUUUUAUAAAUUAAAAUCAUGUCGAUGUUCAAAUGACGUUCAAUACAUUACAUUCUGGGGGUGGUGUUUAAUUGAGAAGACACGUCUAAAUGAAUAGACAACAGUAAAUAUUGUAUAAGUCAAAUAUGAUAGCAUUUUAGCUAAUCCUCUUUUUAAAAUCACAAUUUAAUAUAUUCAAUAUUGAUAUGGUAGAUUUUUAACUGUCAGUUUAUUUUAUCCAACUGUUCAGUUGAGAUGAUAGUAAUCUGUUUUAGAGAUAACAGUAUCAUAUUUUUGUAUAUUCACAAUUUUUUUAUCCUCGUAUUUGGGUGGAAGAAUAUUUUGUUUUGAUUGUAUGUUAAUGUAGCUCACAUUAAACAACUUCCAUUUUCGUUGGUACUAAAAUCGCUUGGUUGAUUGAUAAUAGUAACAUUUAAAAAUGUGGUUGUUAAUCAGUACUUAAGUUUUUUCAAUCCACAAACCUCAUUAUUUUAUAUCAAAUAAAAAAUAGAUUGUUUAGAAAACAUUUCUAUUUUCUGUGAUAAUGUUAGAAAUUACCAUCCCAAAUAUAUUUUAGAUGGAGAUGAAUUCCAUAUUAGUAAGUUAAGGGGACAAGCUAUAGUUUUUCACAGUAUAUACUUACCCAAGCCAUUGAAAUUAUGUUGGUCACAUUGGAAACCGUAGCUUUUAUAUAAUAAUAAUAAUAAUAAUAAAAUAAUAUAAUAUGA